UUGAUUCAGUCGGUAUGAGUACCGUCAUUGAUUUCUGGCGCGUUUCUGGACAACAUGGGUUCCGUCGCGAGCAAAGUAUUGAUUUUGUCGUGAAGAUUCGGGAAACGGUUUGAGGGUGUUUCCGACAUUUUCGGCAUUACAUACCCCAGGAGGACUUUCCUCGCGGAUGUUUGUGUGAGUUUUUCGAGAUAUAUGCUACAGCCCAACAUAGUAUUAUGUAUUUUCUCACUGCGCCGCCGAGUGAUUGUACAUCGAGCGACGCACCAAGAAGGCAAUGCUCGGGAUGUGACGAAGAAUACCAUCAGAGUCCAUGAGAGAGAGACCCACAUCGGCUGCGAGUACAGUAGAGAUUUGGCAUCAGUGCUGUGUGGACAUUUCGCGGAUUGUUCGGCAUUUACAAAAUUAUUUUCUCUGCCCAACAACUCCUGGAGGAUCUCACUUCUCCUCAGGAUUUUUUCUCGUCUUGCGGGAUUAGUGUAAAAGUCUCUCCACCCUUUGGAGAGGUUCUUCGUAGUUCCUCUCAUUGUGGUGUUGAAGCAAAAAAUAAAAAUAUUUUUCGCACGAGAGUAGUGAAUUUAAUAAUAUAGAGACAGAGUGUUUAGGAGCAAAAAGGGAUUUUUUGCAACACCCUUAAGGGGGUUGAUUUUUAGCAGCCGUUAGAAGGUCCCCGAAAAAUUUCCAUUGCCUCUGGAAUUUCGCGGCAGCAGAGAAGUUUCACCCUCGGGCGUGUGCGAGUGUAGUGGUGGGAAAAAGGGGGGUUUUUUGGCCAGAAAACCACCCCUCGUGAGUGGAAGUGUGCGUGUUUGAGUGAGCCACGCAGCCAAGAGAGGAGGAAAGGAAGAAAAAAGUAUGAGAAAUUAGAGGCAUGGCAGCCAAAGAAUACCAAUUCGUAGCAUUUUGGCCCUCAUCGAAAUUACCAUUGCGAUUACCAAACCAACCCUCUGAGUAUUGAAAGCAAAGAGAGCAAGAAAAAAAGCGAACAAAAGACUCUUUCUCAAGGACUCAACGACGACUCCCAACUGCGGUUUCUCCGACCCCGGAGGAUACACGGAAAUGGAUAAGAAACGGAUCAAUUCUUGCAUCUUGCUGCUCCUUAUUGCUGGUCUUGCUGGUGCUGUGGAGGUACACUUUGAAACACCAGACAGUGGCUUCUUCCUGAAGCACACGCCCCGCCAACCAGCGUCCGAGAUCGCCACUUCACAUCAAUCCGGCAGCCGCACCAAAGGCACCCAGGAAUCCAUUCUCUCCGUGGAUCGAUUUACGGUUGUGCAAACUACACAGCCCGUCUCCAUUCGCGCCAGCUAUGGACCCUUCUCCACCAAGCAGACCGUCCCGGCGCGGUACAUUGUACCAGAUGUCGUGGAGGCUCAACCCGAGCACAUGCAGAAUGCUACUGCGGCGCUCAUGGACCUGCAGCAGUCCAACAUUCACCUAGACAUAUCAGCCCACCUGGUGCGCACCUCAAUUCCACGCGACUCGCCCGUGCUGCGAGUCCUCUUCCACGCGGGUGCCGAUCCAGGGGGACAUGUGCAGCGUCAGAAGAUCUGUGUACUCCUCCAUGUCGCCAUGGGGGCCAGGGUACCCCUAAAAGGGCGAUGUAUGCCAGAAGGAGAGGACGGAGUCUGCGUGGCUGAGGUCGUCGUACCAUCAAGUUGGUGGCCCCCACUUCCACCACCGGACAAGGAUGGUCGUGGUUCUAUUCCGCCAAAAGUACCACAGAGACUGGUUCAAGUGUCCUACAGCGUCUUCGAGCCACCCACUAGGAAUCCAGAGCAGUGCGAACCAAAAGUACAAAUCCAACCAUUAACACCAUUCGCUCAAGUCCCCUUAGUUCCUGCUUUGGCAGCCUACAAGGAACUCCGUGCUGAUGAGACACUAACAAUGCUUGUACCCCAUCAGCCACUAUAUCCCAUGUCAAAGAUCCACGUGCCCGUCUUCCUGCAAUCGCAACCGGACCAGAAUGUCGCCGUGUUUAUCGUGAGGGCUCGUGUGAAGGCAGGAAUGCGAAUCUUGGGCGCAACGGCAUCCUCAGACGAGUGGAAUAUAUCGCUUGAGAAGGAAAAUCCAAAGCACACGGUGGCACGUGUUACGGCCUUCCGGAAGGACCAGGACCCAGACAGCAAUGGCAAGAAUGGCGAUAGCAGCAAUUUAAACAAGAUCGUGGAGGUGUUCUCGUGGCUUCUGGAGGUGGCUAACGACACAAAGGAGCACUGGGAUGGUGGAAGGAUUGUGUGGUCGGUGAGCUACGUGCACGAUGGGCCAAAGAUGCGGGAUUCCUCUAUGGAGAGUAUUGGGAGUGUUCCAGGAGAGGAGAUGCGACGAAAGUUGGUGGCUAAAUUGGAAAUUCAAAAGGACGACAUUCAAGCUGUCCUUCCAAUCUCUAAGAAUUGGGAAGUAAUGAACACAGCUGUUCUAACUGGGAGACAAGUUUCGCAGGCAAUGAAAGUUUUUAUUGUCUCACAAGCGGGAAAAGUUGCUGACGUCACAUUGCAGAGUUCAUGUCACGCAGAUGAUGAGAGCGUUAUCAAGGUCUCCUCAUCGUGUAGCUCAGUGUAUGUGGAUGGGUCUGAGGUGCGGGGUUCAUCAAAUGCAUCAAUCAUUGUGAAAUACGGAACGUAUAUUGGUCGGGCACGCUUCACGGUGUGGAUGCCGGAAUUUCCGCUCGAGGUGCUCGUUGCAGACUUUCGUCUGUCCCAAAUAAAGGGGUGGAAGGUGCCCGAGGAUUAUAGCAGCAGCAGUGGCGGUAAAAUGCGACGGAAGAAACGUGCUUACGGAUGGAAUCACCACGGGGAGGAUUUCGUGAAUGGCGUCAACAGUGAGAAGCCCACCUGUCGUGCACGCUACCAGCAGAGCCCCGUUGAGGUGUACGCACGCUUCCUGGCCACAGAUCAGGAUUCUGGGCGUGUGAGUUAUCUCAUUUCACGACGAACUGGGCUACGGGUGACGGAUCUCGUGCAGCCACUCCUUCGUGUGGCAGAUCCCAAAAUUGCCACACUGCGGGGGAGGACACUGCAAGGAAGAGCCAUGGGACGGACGGAUGUGCAGGUUUUAUCCCCAAUCACGGGACGCGUGAUUGGUGCCAAGGAGAUUCGUGUGGGAAGUGACAAAGUGACACUGAGUCGCCUCGUUGUGCGGGUGGUGUCUGGGUUGCAGUUGACUAUUGCUCCAGACAGUACCAUCGACAAUGGGUACAUUGCGGAGACGUCUGUAACGCGACGUCUUACAGCUCAAUACCAGGAAGGGUUACUCGAUAUUGAUUUGGAGUUCUCCGAUGGUGCACGAACACCCCUCAGGGACGUGUCUGUGGAUGACUACUUCCUCCUCGUAGAAAGCCUGGAUACGGAAGUUGUGGCUUUUGCACCGAUGCUGGCAUCACACCACCCACGCGUGAUUGCUGUGGGUGAGGGUAGUGGGGAUCUUUUGCGGGUCACACUACUGCUGUCGGAGGAGUGUCGUCUGCGGAAGAAUGUGCCGCUCUCGAAACAAAAUUCAAAAGUCAAUCCGGGGCAUUUGGCGACAGCUCUUGCCACGGUGCAGGUGGACUUUAGUUCGACCGAUUCCCCCGGAAGGCCGGAUACGGUGCAAAAUGACGGAUUUUCAGGGCGUGAGAGAAAGGGUGGCCGGGAUAUGGGGGAUCUAAAUGAUAUUCUCAUUGGGAUUCCCCUAAGGGAUGACAACACCCACGAGCCGACUGUUCAGGCAAGGCAGCACCGUGGGGGCGUUGUAACAGCCGUUGGGUCUCCGGAUGUUUCUCACAAAAGUCGACCACAUGCCGACAUGACUUCCUUGGAGAUCGGGAUGUACGUCCUGCUGACAGCUUUCUGCUUCGCCAUUGCAAUCUUUGUUGUUUCCUGCGUGGUUUAUGCUUCCAAAUUCCGACCAGUUAGCAUUGAGUCCGUUAGCGACAGUGACCAUUCAAAUAUGAAAGCUCUGUCGAGUAUUGGAAUCAUCCGAGAGCAACGACAUCCAAGAGAACCAACAACCAAUGCACACGACUGGGUAUGGCUUGGACGUUCAACUCUGGAUAAAUCAAAUACUGGUCAGGAUGCUAAUCGUUCUUCCGUUCAUGAAACACAAAUGCGCAUAACCAGCAAUCCCAUGAAUCUCAAUUAUGUGGAUCCAGAUGAUGCAAUAGUCCAGGCAACCAGCUUCGAUAAUCCCAAUCACAUCCAGCUGCCAUCAACGACUGGACCGUCAAUUGACACGAAGACAUACAGCAAGAGGGAGCGUAGGUGCAGGCCCACCCUCAACUUUCCGGACGGUAACCCACCACCCCUACCGCCCCAUGGAAUCCAUGGGGGUGAGCAAAACCGGGAGGAUUAUCGACCACCCGUACCGCCGCAUCGCAACAUUGGUGUCACCGCAAAUGCUAAUCACAUGAAUGGGAUUUCGCACAGGCCCAUCCCGGAGAGCAUAAUGCCACCACAGAGGCGACACCACCACAAACAUCACCGGAGUGCGAGUGGUGUUGCCCGAAUGCAGGCAGCUGGAAGUAGCUCAUCAGCUUCCGAGUCACCCUAUCCCAUUAUGCAGGAAGCCCAAAUUCACAGUGGGCAGCACAAUCUAAACUACACGCAGCAACAAAUAAAUGCGGCACUAUUUAACAUGGAUUCCCCACCACCAUUGCCGCCCGUGCACCAUGUGGAAGAAAUCUUCCUGGAGGCCAAUCGGUAUGUCAAGUCUCCGCGGCAGACACCCACGGACACACAGAAGCCACCCGGGGAAAUUGGAAAGUCAUCGGGUGAUGUGACAGAUGAAAGGAAUGCCACCACAGAAGCUCAUUCAGCGGAAAAAUCCGCUGAUGCAAUGCUCGAUUCAGGCAUCGGUUUGGUGGAGGUACAGCAGAAGGAGCAGCCGCGACAAUCAGCGAAGGAGACGCCGCGGAGCACAGAGUCGGAAUCCGACGACAAUGGGGGCUUCGUGACGCCACCCGGGGAGUGUACAUCAACAAGGGCGCAGCAUCAAGUGAAGCGUGCCACCGUUGUGGGGAAUCCCAUGUUCUCCAAUAGUGAGGACAGCGAUCUGGGUCCCAGUGAGAGUCUCGGUCUCGAUGACCUGGACAUGGAUUAUGAGCAGAUUAUGCACUACUUCGACAACCUCAAGGAGUCGAACGCCUGAGUUCAAGAGAUCAUUGCAAAGAUACGCGACAUCUUAUCAACAUUUCAGCAACAGUAUAGGAAUGUAGCACUCCCCAAUAGUCCCACAAUCCCCGGAAUCGACGAUCCUAACUUCGAGUACUUUUUCGAGCACUUAAGUGAGUCAUACGCUUAAUAUGAAGAAUGAGGUGGUUAAAAAAAGGAAGAUUUUAUUGAUACUGUGUACAGAGUACUUAUUUAGAAGAAAGACUAAACCAUACAACAUGGUGUAUUAGGACUUCCCCCUCUCAAUGAGGGGUGGUCCAAAUCAUCAUCUAAUUAGGCAGUAUACAUGUAUUAAAAGAAAAAGUAAAAAAAAUCCCAUCCUCAGUGUAAAGUAGUUGAUAUGUUUUUUAGUUUUUAGACAAAGGAGAAGAAGAAUCUCUCGAGAUGAAAAUGUAAUUUACUUGUAAUUAUAAAAAAUGGUAUAGCAUUCAUCCUCAUCGAAACCCAUCGUGAAUUAUGUAGAAUUAUAUUUGUCAUUGUGAGUAAGUUAUGUGCCCCCCAAUCCUUCCAUUAAAUCACCACCCUCUACUCCCCCCUGUACCCUUACCCCCAAAUACACCCCCCACAACUUAUUUGGACGCUGUUGUAUGUAAAAAAAAAGGCGCGCCUUUGCAGUGAUCAGAUAAAAUAGCAAAAGAAACUCAAGAUGAAAUGUUCAACAAGAAGUGACGAGGAUGAAAUUUGUAGCAAAAGAAAAAAAAACCAAAUAAUAAAAAAAGUUGAUAAACCCACUAAGAAGUGAACCAAUAGAACAACAUCGUAAAUGGCACACAACUCAAGCCAUCCGCAAUGGAUUCAGUAUAAAGUGAACCACUUCCAUCAAAUACAAACUCAAUGUCAUCCCCAAUGAAGCUUUUAUAUUACACAAUCCCAUUUUUUCUCAAAAAAAAAGAAGAAGAAAUAACUUUCGCCCUUGAGGAAAGAUGCGGGGGUGGUUCGGCACAGAGACUGAAUUCAAUGUGGGCAGAUGAAGAAUCGCAUCAGAAGGGCGACGUUGAAAUAUUCUAGUCAUUCACAAAUAAAAAGAAAUGAGAAAAUAAACGCAAACUUGAUGCGAAAAGACGCGAAAGAAAAUUGAAAAGACGUAAAAUAAAAAAAAUGCAAUUAAUAUAGAAUGAAGAAAAUGCUCUAAAAACCAAUUAAAUAAACAAAAAAAUAGCUAUAGUGGAAGCUUAACUAGAUGUGUACGAUAUACUGUAGCUUUAAUAGCGUGGACAUAUUUUUUUUUUAAUUAUUUUUAAAUCUCUCUAUGAAAUUUCAAGCUCUCACCAAACACCUCCUGAACACAGCUAAAUGUUAGGUGCAUUUUAUACUGAUUUUUUUUCUCAUGCAAGAGAAAGAAGGUAUUUAUGCAUUUUGCUAGACAUGCGAAAAGGAAUAAAGUUAAGGUGAAUGUAAAAAAAAAUGGAAGAUUUUUGUGAAAGAAAAAUACUCAAAAGGUGUUCAAUGCAAGAAGAAUUUCUUUUUGCUGAAAAAUCGUUAAAGAAAAUCAUAAUUGAUUUAAAUAUGACAGCGCUUUUGACAGAAAAUUAGUAAAUGUCACUCUGAGGCUGUCAAAGACUUAUCUAAUUGACUUCAGUCAAAUCAAUUCUAGAAAUAAUUGAGACAAAUUAAUACAAAAUCAUUUCAUUUUCAGUCUGACUUUUAGAAAUUAAUUUAACAGACGUCAAUCAUCUGUCAAGUGACAAAUCAUCAAGAUUUCUGUCAUUAAGUGCUGCCAAGCUCUUUUAAUAAAUUCUGUCAAAAUACUAUCAGACUGCAUUUACUUUAUUUAAAACAUAACGAGAACAAUUUAAAGGAAAAUCCUUCCCGUAAACAAUUUUCAAAUAGAAACAAAAAUUGAAAAACAAUCAAUUUUUUAAAAAUUUUAUUUCUACUCCAAAUAUGCAAAAAAUUGUGUUCAUUGCAAACAUCACAAAAAGUAUUUAAAAUCUCAGCAUAUCAAUAAAUAUUUUUCUUAUUUAAAACUGAGAAUUUUUAUAUUUAUAACAAGUUUUGUUCUUCCAAACAAUGCAAAAUCUUAACAACUCUAUUUAAAUAAAAAAAAUGGCUAUACUUCGCUUUAAAAUUAAUCUACACACACUCACAAGAAAAUCUCUAUUAUGCAACUAAAUCAAAUAUAAUAAAAAUGAAAUAUUUAGCGUCUAAAGAAAAAAGAAAAAAAAAACGAGAAACAAUCUUCACGGACCACAGAAAAUGUUCAAGAAAUGGAAAAUAAAGAGGAUGUGAAGAGAACGAUUAGAUGAUUUUUACGACUUUUUUAUGCCAAAGUUUAUUUUAAGGAAUAUUAAAGAAAAAAAAAUCCAACAAUUUCUGCAAAAACUCAUCUCAAAAUGUAAAUAAAAAAUAAACAGAAAAUAAUUUUACAAUGUAAUUUGUGGUUAAGGCAAAUAGACACAAAAAAAAGAAUCAUCCCACAAUCAUCACAAACAAAUAAGAAAAGAAAAAAAAUAUUCAUGUUUGAGAACAAAGAAUGGUUAAAGAAAAUUUAAGAAGAAAAAAAACCAUAUUUAAAAAAAUGUUAAAGAAAAAAAAAGAGAAAUCAAUGCAGAAAUCAAGGCACUUGUAUAAAGAAUUAUAUUAUUAAUAUUAUAAAUAUUAUUAUAUUAUAUUAAUCUAUUAACAUUGCUCGAAGCCGAAGAGAGCUUAAUUUGUGAAUAUAAAAAUAUAUUAUAUAUAGUGAGAAACACAAAAAAAAAGAAAAUAAAACGCGAUAGAAGAAUCAUCAGCCGCGAAUUUUGUUGCAAGAAAAAGACACAGAAUUAUGAGAAAUAAAAUCUAUAUACCAAUAAAUUGAAAAAUGUUGCUUCAUAUACACCACAUUAUAUAUUAUUGUAUGUAUUAAAAAUAUAUAUAAAAAUAUACAGCAUAAAAAAUGUGUCUGCUGAAAAGAAAUCAUUAAGCGAUUGGCGGAGAAAUUGAUGAUGGUGGAACAUCUUUAGUGAGUAAAUAUCAAUUUUAGAAAAUAUUUAUACUAAAAAAAAAAACAACAACACAUAGGUUCCAGAACCUGCAUGUACUAUAUAAAAUAUAUUUAAAAAAAUAUUAAUUAUAAAAAACAAUUAUUUCGGUAACCUGAGAAAAACUUACAAAAAAAAAUGGAAUCUUUCUGCAAAAUGCAUGGUAAAUGUAUCCUGAGAGAAAAUAUAAAUUAAAAAAAUCUCAAUGAUGAAAAAAUAUUUCAAAAGAAGAAUUUUCAAGAUCAGAAUCUUGGAGAAUCACUUAAAAAAAACACCUCAAUCGGAGAAGUGGUUAAAAAUGUACUUUGAUGUGUAAAUACGAAAAAGGAACCCUAUCGAUUUUGGAAAAAGGGCGAGAAAAAUUAGCGAAAGAAUAUAGCAAAAUUAAAAAAAAAUAAACAUUUAAAAAAAAUCUAAUUGGAAGUUAUUAAUUUUGAAAAAAAGAAACUUUUCCCUACAAAAUUGUACAAAGAAUUGGCUGAAAAGGAUCUUUUUCUGUUUUGUAUGCUGUUCUUGAAGAAACUAAGACAAAAAAACUUGAAAAUGAUGCGUCAGUACAGCUAGAACCACUGCCGAUUAAGUGUUUUAUAAACCUAAAAAAAAUUCUUAUACUCAUAGUACGAAAAUGUGAGAUUUAAUAAAAAAAAAAUGAAAAAAAAAUCAUGGAGUAAUACUCAAAAAAAUAUUGGCUCAGUGUUUUUUAAAAUCACUGCGAAUGGGAGUUAAGUGAAAAAAAAUGGCUUCUUGUAUGUUAAUAAAGGAUUAAGCUGAAAAAAAUGUCAAA